AAUGAUAAUGAAUGAGAUCUUUUUAUGCUUUUUGUUAUUGCAUGUGUGGAUUCAUGUUUUCCCUUCUCCAUAAUGAAUGUACUUUUUUUUUCUUCACCCCGUCCAGUUGGGGGCGGCAAUACAACAAUAAUUGUGGUGCACCAUAACAUCUCAGAGAAGAAGAUAAUCUGCGACUCCUCCAGAAAAUUAACUGUUAGAUGGAUUUUAUUAAUAUUUCUCUGCUGUGAUUUCUAAUUAUUCAAAUGGAGGAGACAAAGGAAGGUUUAACAUGUAAAGGGGUCGCUGAAAGGCUGACACUCGGCAUCACCAGAGUACUUGGUGUCACAGAGAGUAUGCCCGGGGUGAUGGACGUGCGUUUUGUGGAGAGGGAGCCUGCAGAGAAGCGAUGCCUGCUGUCAUGGGAACAGAAAAAUACCUGUGUUCUGCCCGAGGACCUCCGAGACUUUUAUCUCACAACGGAUGGCUUCACCCUUACCUGGAGUGCCAAACUCGAGAGAUGCAUGGUGCUCAACGGUGUGGCCAACCUGCGUCCUCUUUGCCAGUCAUCGUCAGUGUUCUCCCUCCCCAACGCACCCUCACUGGCUGACCUGGACUGGGACGAAGAACAAGUUGAAGAGUCAGAGUGUGGGCUGGUGGAGCCCCAUUUUGAUUCCAGGAGCCGUAUCUUUGAGCUGGACCCCUGCAGUGGGAAUGGCAAAGUCUGCCUGGUCUACAAAGACUGCACAGAAGGUGUGGUGGCCCAGAAGUGUGAGGUGUGGUUCCUGGAUCGCUCUCUGUACUGGCACUACCUAACACCCAGCUUCACCGCCUACUACCGCCUGAUGAUCACCAACUUAGGCCUGCCAGAGUGGCAGAACGCCUUCACCCCCUACGGCCCCAGUCCCCAGGCCAAGCAGUGGGCGUCUCUCUACCAGCCCCUGAGUUUCCACUGUGAGCCCAGUAUGGCCGACCUCACCGGAGAUCCGCCUGUCAACAAGCUGGACCCCAGCAAAGCCUUCCGGGGCAAAGCAAAGCUGCCCGCCCCGAAGAAGAAACAGUCGCCCCAGGGAGGGGUGGGGGGCACUGCCAAGGGGCAGGGGAGCUCAGGGAGGCAUAGUGGGGGCAGGCGAUAAGGAAACUUCCCCUCCCCCACCCCCCAAAAAAUACAUAUUCAAUGGGCUAUGGCAGUGUUUCCCCUGCAUUUGUUUCUUGAGUGGGGUGAAAAGGGCCCGGAAGCAACAUAUCUGGCUGCUACCAUUCAGAAUAUUGAAGCUAACGAUCUAUGUGGUAGGUAAUGGGGCUACAGCGCUUGGCUUCUCAAGUAAGUAAUGGCAGGGAAACGGUAGCUAUGUAUUAUACCACUAUAAAUGCUUCUCCUCCUGAGUGUGUGGGUGUGUGUGUGUGUGUGUGUGCGUGCCUGACAUGUUUUUUCUAGCAAUGCUGCUAUUCCCUGUGAAGCCUUGUAGGCCAUCCUGUUGAUCCUAUUUAUUUCCCUUUUGUGUCUAUGGCUGUAUGUAUUUCCUAUUAAAGGCAGAUGAGAAUCGU